AUGCUGUUCUCAUUCAAGCCCCUCGCAAUCUCGCUCCUGGCCUCGAAAGCGCUCGGAUGCCUCUACUUCAACGCCACACUUGAAGACAACAAGUUGAGCGUCCACAGCUGGGAUGACGCCAACAACAACAACGCCACAAAUCCUGAAGACAUCAUCUGCAAAGGGGACAACCUCGAUCCCGUCGGGGACCACCAAUGGAGCGUGGAAUGCUCCAAGGCCGACAACGCCAAAUCCGACACAGUCUUCGACCUCUUCCUUGAGCCCAACACUAAGCGAUUCCUGGACAUAAUUUACCGCUACUCGAACCCGAACGCUGCGGGCCUGCAAACGGGCGAAGAUGCGGACGAAUUUCUUUUCAACUUCCGCGUGGCCAGCGUUGAUGGCAGAUUCUUCAAGUCGAGGGAGUUCUGCGCCCAGUACGACAUUCUUCGACUCAUCAACCCAGACGCUCUGAAGAACCCCUGCGAUUCUUUGGAUACUUGUUAG